CACAAUGGUGCUCGCAUGCUGUACAGAGGUCGUCUGGUGGAAGGGGGAGUACUUGCCUUACCUCUCUCUCCCUUGGGCCUGUGAGGCUAUUCCGACUCGUAUCGCCAGGCGAUCACGGGUGCUUGCGCCUAAUUGGGGUAGUACGCGGGGCGCCAUGACCAUCUGACAAACUGCAUGCAUCAUCUGCAAUUCAACGACCUUUUUCUUGUGUUUGCCCUCCUCCAUCCUCCCGUAUAUUGAGCCAUUUCAAGCCGGGCUCCCAUUCUCUGUGUCGUGAUUGCGAUUAGAGUACACUACACAACAUUCAUCAGCAGCACCCCUCGUCGAUUCUCACGAAGCUCGCAUCAAAGGUCGAAGUCAAAACAACCCAUCAAUUCCCUCACAAUACACUACCCACCAGCCAUUCUCUCUCCUCUUCGAUUGCUUCAAGAGAAGUCCAAGGCAAGGAACUGCAUGACUACAUUUACAAGCCGCCCACAUCAUCCUUUCACAAUGUCUAAUCGCAACAAUUCACCACGACCCGCAAACACCAGCGGCCCCUCCCUGACAAGACGAACAGCCGUGGUUCCGGGCACGGCCGCCGCAACACGUCGCGCAAACGCGGGCAGUUCCACUCAGACCAUCACCCCUUCGGACAGUACAUCGUCGAGAUCCGUUUCCCCAGAUCCGCUGGUGCUGAGAUUGCGAGGGGCUCACGACGCGGGCGCCAGACCUCGGCCGAGGAGAAGAAUCACCUGGGCCGAAGACGUCGUGGACAACGAGGGACUCGGACGCAAGAGCAGCAAGGUGUGCUGUAUAUAUCAUCGACCGCGGGAGUUUGGCGAGAGUUCGAGCGAGGACGACAGCAGCAGCGACAGUGAUAGCUCGCGCGGCGGCGGUAGUGAUAGCGACGACGACGGAGGUGCGAGGAUGAGCGGGAACAGACGUGGACGGAAACACGAAAAGGGUCAUGGACACAAACAUGGCGACGGUGGCGACGACUGUGGUGACCAUGGACAGGGACACGGCAAGGCUAAAGACAAGAGAAGACCGAGUCCCAAUGCCUACGAAAAGAUGCCCAAGUAUCAUCCCAAAGAUCAAGUGUUGAAGAUAUAGAAGGCCCCCAAAAUGUGCUAUUAACGAAUGGGAAGAGGUCAUGGGUUGAAUUCAAACUUCAUAAACGGAGGCUGCGUACAAACGCCAAAUUUCUGGGACCACAGCACACACACAUGUCAUGAAGGAUGUGCCCGAGACUGGUGAUUGUAUAGGUUGAUCAAGAGGCACUGGGAUGGAGGACUUUUUCAUUGGAUUAAGGGGCUGUUUACGAUUGAUGAUGAUAAUAAUGAGCAGGUUGGAUUUCUUUUAUUAUGUGUGUCAUGCUGGGAGGCCCCCUUGCAGCAAAGCAGGUCAUGAUCAGCUUGUAUACGAGCAGUGGUGUUUAGCAGGAUAUCAAUUUGAUUGGAUUUGUGAAGGCUUCUCCCUGUCACGCUCUCUUUGGAUGGCACGACUGUGUUCGCCUUUUUCCAUCUUCUCCCUAUACUCAUACAAUUACCUUUCUACCCAACGAUCGUCAUCGAGGAUGUCAGGUUGGCACGCUACGUUGAACGAGACACGCAAUCGUCCUCGUCCUCGUCCUCGUUUUCGUCCUCAUGAACACACAUCCUUGAUGCGCGCGCCGCAGUAACUUGUACGGAAGCGGAGAAACGAGGUGCCACUGAAUCCUUACUUACCUACCUAGGUACGUACCAUAAUGGAAGUCAUUUAUGUUGACUGUUCAUUCAUUCA